UUUAAAGAACAAGUUUUUUAUUAGAGCCUUUAAGGCAGCUACAAUUCAGUGUUCGGCAUCUCAGAGACGGAUGUGGGACACGAGUGUAGGCGCCACUUUGCGCCACAGACGCCCCAGUUCUUGGCGCAUAGGUGCAGCCAAGCAAAGAGCAUGCCGAUUAAAUUAUUCCAAGUCGCGUCACGCUUUUCGUCUUUGACACAGCGCGAAGUCAAAACGCUCUACUCACUCAAACAACGCUGCAUUUAACCUUCAACAAGACUACCUUAAUUCCGCGCGCAUCUGAUAGCUGAGCCAUGAUGGCGGCUAUUGAGAGUUUUGACAACAUCUAUUUGGACUUGUCCAAGGAGAAUGGCAAGUGCAGGUUCGCCGAGAACGGACUGGGCUGGAAGCCUGCGGGCGGCGGCGAUGCCUUCACCCUCGAUCAAAGCAACAUUGCGAACGCACACUGGAGCAGGGCUGCAAAGGGCUACGAGGUGAAAAUCUUGCAGAGAAACUCGGGCAUCACCCAGCUGGACGGGUUCCAGCAAGAGGAUUACGAGCGCCUCAGCAAAAUCUUCAAGAACUGGUACAGCACGAACCUCGAAAACAAGGAGCACUCUUUGCGCGGCUGGAAUUGGGGUAAGACCGAGUUUGGUAAGGCCGAGCUCACCUUCAACGUCCAGAACCGGCCGUCGUUCGAGGUCCCCUAUUCGGAGAUAUCCAACACGAACCUCGCUGGCCGCAAUGAAAUCGCCAUUGAGUUCGCGCUCGCCGAGGGCGACAAGACCAACGGCCACAACGGCGCGGGCAAGGGCAAGGGCAAGAGGGCGCUGGCCGGGAAGGAUCAGCUGGUCGAGAUGCGCUUCUACAUUCCCGGCACUACGACGAGAAAAGAGGCUGAGGGGGGCGAAGCUGGAAGCGAUGCAGACGAGGAAGCAAAGAACGCAGUGACGCUCUUUUACGAUACGCUGAUCGAGAAGGCGGACAUUGGGGAAACGGCUGGCGACACCAUUGCCACCUUCCUGGACGUCCUGCAUCUCACGCCAAGAGGUCGAUUCGACAUCGAUAUGUAUGAUGCAUCAUUCCGGCUCCGCGGCAAGACAUACGACUAUAAGCUUCAGUACGAGCACAUUAAGAAGUUUAUGGUACUUCCCAAACCCGACGAUCUUCACUUCAUGCUCUGCAUCGGACUAGACCCCCCGCUACGCCAAGGCCAGACCCGGUACCCGUUCAUUGUCAUGCAGUUCAAGCAGGACGAAGAGGUUACGCUCGACCUGAACCUCUCUGAAGAGCAGCUCAACGGCAAGUACAAGGACAAGCUGCUGGGCCAUUACGAACAGCCGCUCCACCAGGUCGUCACAUACAUCUUCAAGGGCUUGGCGAACAAGAAGGUCACCACCCCAGCGAAGGACUUUACAACUCACCGCCAGCAGUACGGCAUCAAAUGCUCAAUCAAGGCCAGUGAGGGGUUCCUCUACUGCCUGGAGAAGGCGUUUAUGUUUGUGCCCAAGCCAGCCACCUACAUCUCGUACGAGCAGACUCAAUCGGUCACGUUCUCACGUGUGGGUGGUGCGGUAUCUGCUCUUUCGACGUUCGAUAUUACCGUUCUUUUGAAGAACGGGGCGGGAUCUUCCCAAUUCAGUAACAUUAACCGUGAAGACCUGAAGGCUUUGGAGGACUUUUUCAAGCUGAAGGGGCUACGCGUUAAGAAUGAGAUUGACGAGGACGCCAAUCUCCUGGCCGCAGCUAUGAGAGACGAGGUCAUGGACAGCUCCGAGGAGGAGGUGGUCGGUCCCAAGGCAGACAGGGGCUCGGCCGACGAGGAUGAGGAGAGUGUGGACGAUGACUUCCGCGCCGAGUCAGACAGCGACGUUGCCGAAGAGUAUGACAGCAACCACGAGAGCGAUGGAUCUGGCAGCCAAGAAAGCGACGUCGACAACCAGGUGGAUGACGACGACGACGACGACGACGACGAAGGAGGCAAAGAGGCAAAGGCGCCACCUAAGAAGAAGAAAAAGACUGUUUGAGUAAACGGACCGCUAGCGGGCUAGACAACUUCGCCGGUACAGUGAGACGAGGUAAUAAUUUCUGGCGGUAUGGUAUUCUGGCGUUCCGGGGUGGCAUGGGGGCCCAUGCGUGUAAGGUAUUUAAAUGUCGUCCGUGGCGAGGAAUCGGGGAGUGACAUCCAUAUUUAGCCACUUCCAUGUUGGUAGCUUUGAAGCCCCAAUCCGAAUAGGGCAAACUGCGAUGAUUUUUCCGAAUAAUUACGGACACACUCACGAAAAGGGGGAAACGAUGAUAUCCUAAAUAGCCUUUAUUUUUUUUGCUAAGAAAGGUCUUUUACUGUUCUUGUUUGCUGCACAAUGGCCUCAGUCGACGUUUUUGGAGAGUAAGCUCUUCCUACUCGCUCAUAUCAGGAUGACUCGUAGUCUGCACUC